GCGACAAGCAUCCACGCAGCACGCGCAUCGUCCCCCUUCUUUUCGGCGUGCAAUUGGCCUUUUCCCGGCGGCCCACGAGACGCAAUGAGCGUCUGCCGCCCCGUAAGAUGUCUCUUCGCAUCUGCCGCGCUCCCUAAGCCCUCGGCCGCACCACAACGCUCCUUCCACGCAUCCGCCCCUCGUGCAGCCCGCAAGCGGAGACCGCACUACCCGUCCAUCAAAGCAGAGGACCUGAAGCUGCUGAACCAGGCGGCCGAAACCCACUAUCCCAAGUACGACACCUCGGAGACGGCCCUGCUAGAGAAGCGGUACACGCCCGCGCAAAUCGCCGCCAUCAAGGCCGCCGAGACCGCAAUCGACAGCCGCGACCUCCUCACCCAGUCCAGCCACCGAACAGACCCGUGGCUUCUGCCGUACGAAGAUGACCUGGCCGAGGUCGACCCCGUGACGGAUCACGCCGAGAAGCUGGACCCGUCCGACAUCCCUGGAUCACACGACUUCCAGGAUGUCAACGAGGAGGAGCGCGACGAAGCCAUCACCUUCAUUGCCAACGAAAAUCUUGCCAAGAUGUUCCCUGACGGCCUUCCGGAGGGCGAGCUAAGCGAGGAGACGCAGCGGCAGUUGCAGGAGGCCAUGGGAACAGCUGUCACGCAGGCAUUGUUGGAUCCUCGCGCGAGUUUCCGCGUCAAGAACAGGCACGCGGCUGCUGCGCUCGCUGACCCGCGGCACUCGAUCGUCAUGCCCGACCUACCGAGAAUCGAGAACCGCAUGGUGCGCCAGACCCGCCGUCUGUCUUCAGAGGAGGCCGAGGAUCCGCGCCAGAAACGUCUACUACAGUACCUUAAUUGGGACAAACAAAAGCUGCGAAGUAUCAAGGUGAAGACGCUGGUCGUGCACGGCGUGACCAACCAGACGCGUAUGGGCAAGAUCCGAUCUAUGUACUACCUGACCAUUGCGGGUAAUCAAGCCGGUCUGCUCGGUGUGGGAGAGGGCAAGUCCGUGGAGCCGGAUGAAGGAAGGAAGCAGAGUGUGAUGGCCGCCAUCAGGAACAUGAGGCCUAUCCCGCGAUACGAGAAUAGGACCACUUUCGGAGACUUGGAGUGCAAGGUGGGAGCCACGAAGGUGCAGCUGUUUUCUCGACCGCCUGGCUUCGGUCUCCGCGUCCAGCACCUCAUCUUCGAAAUCGCUCGUGCCGCCGGCCUCCAGGAUCUUGCCGCCCGAACGCCCCGCUCACGGAACAAGAUGAACGUCAUCAAGGCCACAUGGGAAGCCCUCUGCAACCAGAAGCUGCCAGACGAGAUUGCGCGAGCAAGAGGAAAGAAGUUGGUCGACGUGCGGAAGGUGUACUACGGAGGAAGUGUACAUUGAGAAACCGGACCGCGACAUAUUGCAAGCCUGUUGUAUGAUAGUUUGAAGCGAAGAGCGGGUAGACGUGGGAGAUGUACAGUGUAAAGAUGCAUUCGCAUUGGGCGGGCGCACAGAUCUAGCUUUUGUAGCAACGCUUGUAAAUCUACGCAUACCAAAACUCGUAACAUGGAUAG